AUGGAUCCACUCGUGACGAACCUCGUCGAACCACAAGACGAUUCAUCGCAAGCGCCUUCCAAACCAGCGGGAGACGUGAAGCCAGAAGACGAUCUCUUGGUACUUAAGCCAGCACCAGAACGAACUCAAUACGAUGUUUCCGAGAAUCUUGGCUCCGCUCUCACGGAGGAAGCUAUCCCAGCAGCGAGCGUACGGUCCUUAGGAAGCAGCAUUGAGGAAGACUCAUCUGAGCAUGACACGACGACACCCAGCAGCAGUGCACCGCCAUCAGAAAGCGGGAACUUGGACUGCGCAACCCAUCACUUCGCCUCAAGCACUGCGAUAGCCGAUCUCGUACCGGAGCUGUUCACUGAAAACAUCAUGGCCAAAGUCCUUCGGACCGCACAGGCUGCUUUGCCCUUCCUUCCUACCGCAUUUCCAGAGAUUGUCCCACAGCAGGACAACCACGAUGGUAGUUAUAGCUUACGUGAAGCUGACUUUUGGACUUGUGGCUUCUUCCCCGGGACUAUGUACAACAUGUUGGAGAGGCUCAUCAAGUACCCUCAGCGUAUGCAUCUCUCUAGUUCGGUUGAUCUGAAACAUCUUCGAAAUCAACUCACUGUCUUAUGUCGCACCUGGGUCGAGCCCGUUCGAGGUAUGGACGAGCGAACCGAUACCCAUGAUAUCGGUUUCAUUGUCAUGCCAGCACUCCGCGCUGACUGGGAACUGUUCGGAAACCAGCAGAGUCUGGAUUCUAUCGUCAAGGCUGCGCAUAGUCUGGCGACGCGAUAUGUUCCUACAGCUGGUGCUAUCCGAAGCUGGGACUUGCUGAAGAAGAAGAAUAUAGAGAUCAUCGACCAAGAUCAGAACAUGAUCGUUAUCAUCGACAGCAUGUGCAAUCUCGAUCUGCUGUAUUAUGCGGCACAUCAUGCGCAAGACUCCAAACUUGCGGAAAUUGCCACUACCCACGCUGCCACACUUUUGCACAGCCAUUUGCGACCCGAGUUUAUGCUAUCCGCAUCGAAAGACGCCUACAGAGGUCAAUGGUAUUCGACUUGCCACGUCGCAAACAUUGAUCCAAGAACAGGAGAACUGAAGCAACGAAUGACGGCACAAGGAUACGAGCACGAUUCGACGUGGAGUCGUGGCCAGGCAUGGGGUAUACUCGGAUAUGCUGAGACGUACAUGUGGACAAGAGAUUCCAGGUUUCUAGAGGCAGCCUGUGGACUCGCAGAAUAUUUCGUGUAUCGUCUGGAGACAUCACCUGUCUGUGUAUCCUGCGCGCGUUACGUGCCUUUGUGGGACUUUGAUGCACCAAUCGAGAACGAAAAUGAACCGUUGCGCGACUCUUCUGCAGGCACCAUCGCCGCUAACGGAAUGCUAUUGCUAUCGCAAGCAUUAGCGGGUAUCGGGCAGACUCAGUUGUCACUGAGAUUUCGGAAUACAGCGUUGCGCAUAGUUCAAGACACACUCAGCUUUGCGCUGGCACCAGAGAAGGCUCGGCUUGUCAGUGGUUCAUAUCAUCAGAUUCGUGCGGAGGAGAUGUCGCCAGAACGUCGUUACGAUGGGAUGUUGAAGUUUGGAACUGCGAACAACAAUGCGAAUGCGCGUAAUCGUUACGCCAAUCAUGGCCUAGUUUAUGGAGACUACUAUCUGGUCGAAUUUGGAAAUAGAAAGACAGGAGAAGAAUGCGAAUACGAAUCGAAACGUAUCAAGCCGGGCUUAAAGUCAGGAGCUAUUGACAAUCUGCAUAGAAGGAUUGACGAGUUAGAACAGCGCUUCAACGCGCAAGAAUCUCGUUUUGAACAGUACAAACACAGCUCACCACAUGAAACUGGACAUAUACGUCAGAGUUCAAGCAAGUCGGCAGCUUGCAGCAUCUUGGCUCUGUUGGCCAAGGAACUGCCCAAGCUGACUGAUGGCUUAUCGAAUGGAGGAGUUGCCACGCCGGCAACAAACGAGGAGAGCAACAAGAGGAGACGCCUAGCAGACAAAGACAAUAUUAUUCUCCAUACGUUGGACUCAGAUGAAGUGCCUCCUCUGCCCCAGGCUGAAAUGCUGGAAGCUAUCGUUGCAGCAUACUUUUCCCGUGUUCAUCCUUGGAUCCCGAUGAUCCAUCAGGCCAGGUUUCUUCAACGCUUCAGCAUAGAGCAGCAGCGCAGAAAGCUCUCAGUGGUCAUCCAAGCUAUGAUUCUAGCCGCCUCCAAAUUUGUAUCUGGCUCGCAAGGGGGUCACGUUGAACAAGCGCGCAGGUGGGUUGUCUGCACAGCUAUGGAGACUCUAUCACUUGAGAGCCUCCAAGCGCUGACUAUACUGGCUUUCGAUGAUAUUGGGAACGGACAAGCAUCAAAAGCCUGGGCUAUCAUCGGAUCAAUGACGCGUACCGUUGAAUACAUGGGCUUGGCACAGGAGCAAGAGGAUAGUGAGCUUCACCCUUUUUGCCAAGCAUACGCAUGCCUAGAGAAUACCGACGAUUGGACAGAAGAGGAAGAACGGCGGAGAGUCUUUUGGAAUGUUUUCCUCCUUGAUCGAUUCUGCUCGGUAACUAUGGGCUGGAGUACGAGUCUAACCUCUGAUGAUGUCUUUCGGAGACUGCCCUGUGACGGUCACCUGUGGCGCAAGCAGAAUGCUGUCUUGACGCCUUACUUCGGCAUUUGGGACAAGUCAAAAGGUCGCAUCGGCAACCCGAUCGGCUUCAUCUCACAGCCUACAUCUCUGAUCGAUGAGUCAUCUGCCACUGAGACUGCAGCCCAUGGCCAGAUGAGAGGGACACCAUCAAUCGACAUGGGUCAAAACGGAGCGGCAGAUAUGUCCACGGUCGGUGCUUUUGCGUACAACAUCGAAGCGACCGAGUCUAUGAGUCGUGUAGUGAGCUAUUUUCUCCAACAAAAAGUCAGUAUCCGAAACCAAGGCGAGAUCAGCUCUUGGCUCACUCGAUUUAAAGAGCUAGAUCUUCGCUUGGUGCAUUGGAAGAUGCUGCUACCUCAGAAAUGGAAGGCCAAUCCUAACUUAACAAGACAGGUUCCGUUGAUGGACCCGAAUUUAACUACAGCUCACGUCACACAUAACACUUCGAUGAUACUGCUUCAUCAGCUCAUCGCUUAUCCACCUCCACAGUGGAGCUUUCGAAACCGAUUACCUAGCACUUGCAGCGCAGAGGCUUGCUACACUGCUGGUACUGAGAUUGCAACCAUUACAGAGAAAUACCUCACAAAGUCGUCGCCUACAUCACCGGUUGGAUGCCAGUAUGCUUUCUGCCUGUUCGUUGCUGCCAGAGUGCUUCUAGCUCAUUGGCGGUACGCACGUGAGAAGAUCCUGGCGGCCGAGUUCUGGUCCAUCUUACACAGCCUUGAGGAAAUGUCAAGGCGAUGGAUCGCCUUUUCCGGUCGAUUACAUUGCGAGGAGAACCUGUUCAGCCAGUAUCACCGUCGGCUAAGGAGAUUACAUGAGCGCUGCGCAGAAGAUGAAAACUUUCGACUAAACAUCAUGGACUACACCAAGGAUAUGGAUGAUUGUCGUGGGAGUGAGCCGUCGCAAUCUUUUCGCACAUGGCCAAAUGUCGGGGUGACUCUGCCAUUGGACGACCUGGGGUUAUCCCUGCUGAGUCCGGAGUUCAACACCGACCCCAUGCUUGAUCAGGAUUUUAUAGACAUGGAUCGUGUCAUUGCUUUCGAGGACGGCAGCAUGUUCACUUCGUCAUUUGAUCUUGGGGCUAAUGGGUGGUAA